GCCCGCUAAAAAUUUAAAUAUUCCACAUGCGGUGUCACUUUCUCAUCUGGGUGGAAAAGAGGGCAAUACGAAUAAGCUUGCAUUCAGCUCGGAGGAGACUAUAAUGAUCAAGCAAAGGUAAACGUUGGAAGGGGCAUUACAGCAGGGUAUGUUGCUCAGUACGCCUACAGUAUAAACAAGGCACCCUGCCGGCGUCUCCCACUACCUUCCAUCUUUGUUAUCAAUGCUCAAACAGUAUCUCCUGACUGAGGGAGUUUUCCUUCCAAACAAUUGUACAGUCACUGUCUCUGCUACAACGCUGCAACCGCCUACGCAGCGAGCAUUCACUGCCAGUUGAGUGCUUGGGUUUCUUCAAUGAACUGAAAACUACCCUGGUGUCCAAUGUCUAUCCCUGAAGCGUGUGCCUCCCUUCCUGUUUACUUAUUGCCCUGUGGAACGCACCAUUGAUCCCCAGAAGACUAGCCUGAGGCACAGUCCAGGACCAGAGUUUGACGAACGGUUACCCGGUAAUCUCUUUGCCGAUUGUUUGCGGCUACCUGCCUGUGCCUGUGUCGUGGAGUGGCGCUAUCAACGCAGCCAAGCAAUCCUCCUCCUCUCCACGUCUCCUUUCCUUGGCCCCGAGUGAGCUACUUAGAGUUAUCUUGUCUCAUUGAUCAAGAUGACACGGGAGAAUGAGCUCUAUAUCAAUGAGGCCGCGGGACUCUACAAAUGCCUGGCCUGCAAUCGAUUUUUCUCAAAUGCGGAUGGCGCCCUAUCCCAUUGCCGGAAUGCUGCCGUCCAUUCUGGAGAAUGGUGUAACCGAUGCCAGUGGUUGUUCGUUUCGCGCGAAGCUUGCGGUGCUCACAAGGCCAACUCUCGCCAUCACAAUGUUUGCAACCGCUGCGAUCUCGAUUACCACACGGCUUCUGACCUUGAGGAACACAAAAUCGAAGAUCAUCACGAGUGCACCGUGUGCGGCGAAGAAUUCAUCAAUGACAAUAAUCUUCAACAGCACAAGCGUGCCCAUCUUCCACGAGAAAUCCAGUGUUUUGGCUGCUACGAGAUGUUUUCGGAGUUCCCGGCCAUGGUGCUACAUUUGGAAUCCGGAUACUGCACAAGCGGGGUGGAUCUGGAUAAAAUUGACAAUGCCGUCUUCGAUGAUACACACUGCGCUGAGUACGUGAACCACUGGAUGGAUGAAUACCGGUUCCGAUGUCCGAACUGCGAGAAGGACUUUAGGUUCGUCAGUGGUCUGUUGCAGCAUGUUGACAGCCGUGCCUGCAAUCCACGGGUUGAGUACAUAAUGCAGGACUUCUGGCUCUGCAUCAGGAACUGCGUCAAGUUUAUGUAGGCAGCAUAAGACCGCGAGUCAGUAUGCAACUGAUUCCUCCCACCGAAGGUUGUACUCCAGACACAGGACCGACGUCAGGCUGCAUGAAUCAAUUGAGAACUCUGCUCAACGGUGACACCUCAAUAGUAUGGUGUGGCCGACGUGUAAAUAAGUCCAGGAAGCAGACCGGCAAGGCUACAUUCCCCUGUUCUGCCUCUUCUGCCAUAAAUACUCUACCGUAUCACUCACCCAGAUCUUUACG